AUGGGGGCCGGCACCGUCUCGCGGGUCGGCUACUACUCGCUGACCGAGACGCUGGGCAAGGGCAAGUUUGGUCAUGUGCGUCUGGGACGGCACGACUUUACGGGUGAAAAGGUGGCAGUCAAGGUGCUGGACAAGGCGGCACUGGGCGAGGAGGAUGUGGCACUGCUCUUUCGCGAGCUCCGGAUCCAUGGGCUCAUCCAUCACCCGAAUGUCAUGCGGCUGUACGAUGUAGUCGACGCCGGCAAGGAGCUCUGUCUCGUCCUUGAGUACUGCCCCGGCGGCUCGCUGCAAGCCCGGCUGGCGAAGACAGGCCCGAUGGGCGAGGACGAGGCCCGAGCGGUGUUUGGCCAGAUCGUGGCAGCGAUGAGGUAUGUCCACGCACUCGGCAUUGUCCAUCGCGACCUCAAGCCGGGCAACAUCCUUCUUGACGGGCGCGGGCGGGUCAAGAUCGGCGACUUUGGUUUUGCCCGGUUCUACACUCCGGGAACCGAGCUCUUUCGAUGCUGCGGCACGCCGCGGUUCAUGGCGCCGGAACUGCUCCGGGCUAGCCCGUACAUCGGGCCGCAGGUUGACGUGUACGCACUGGGUGUCACGCUCUACGGCCUUCUCACCGCAAGCGACCCGUUUGGUUCGAUUCCCAAGGCCGGGCGCAAGAGCCGCGAGGUGACUGCCGAACGAGCCAAGCGCGCCAGCGUCGGGCGUCUUGACCCACACCCAGCGAUCGAGGCCGAGACGGAUGUCGGCCGCCUCCUCGCUGCCAUGAUUGUGCGGCCGGCGCACCGCGCCACGCUCGGCGACGUGGCAGCCUCACCGUGGCUUGCUGGUACGCCUGCGGCGUCGUGGGUCGAACCGCCAUUUCCACAACUUGAGCUCCCUCAGCGUGGCGGUGGACUCGACAACGGCAUCAUCGACGCACUUGUUCAAAUGGGCUGGGAGCGCGAGGCGCUCGAAGAGGCGCUCACGGCCGACGCACUCGACAAGUGGCGACCGGUGCCUGCCUCCCCGGCGACUGCCCUCGAGUUUGACGAGCUGCACCCGAGCGACGAGGACUCGCCGACGUCGGCGUCGGCCAAUCUCAUUGACCAGGCACGCGCAAAGCGGAUUGCGGCCGUGUAUGGCUUUCCGUCGAUUGCGGUCCCAAUGCUUCGCGUCUACGCCAUGCUUGUGCGGAAGAAAGUGCUCUCGCUUGCGUACCGCGACGCCGGCGCGCCGCUGCUCCUGGUCGAGCACUCAAUGAGCCCGAACCGCGACGUUACUGACCACGGCGACGCCCUCGGCUCGUUCUCCAACGACUACUUUUCCAUUUACGAAGAGGUUGGCGUUGAGGCGGCGCGGCCGCACUCGCCAACGGCAGCGCGGCCGCCGCUGCGGCGGUCGGCUUCAACAACGCUGGCGGCAGCGUCCGGGCGGCCGCCCAGGGGCCCGCGGCGCGACUCGCGGUCGCGGUCGCGAUCGGCGUCGGCAUCGCGCGAGCCGCGGUCCGCGCGCACCCGGUCGGCCUCGGCACAACGGAGAGAGGCUAGUGCGGCGAGUGCACGCAGUAGGCCGCCGAGCCUGCCGCGGUCCGGGCCGGAGCCUGUGCGGACCCGGUCGCGGGCGACGUCGGCAUCGGCGUCGCGGCCGCCGCUGGCGGUGCGCAACGCGGUGGCCGCCGAGCCGGCACGCCUUCCAUUCCGACGGGCGGGCAAAGCGGGCGAUGCCGGCACAGCAAUGCCGGCGCGGCGCAACCGCAACCGCACCACGUCUGCGUCACGGCGGCGGGUGGGCGCGCCGUCGUCGUGA